ACAUGGCCCAGAAUUUUGCCAGCCUUUUGGGAAAGCUCAAACUCGCGCCGGAGGAACAAAAUCAGGCAAAGACUUCGCGCCGUUUGCUUUACUCCGAUUUCUCUCAAAUGGCCGCCGACGGAACCAGAAGGCCUCAAACUUCAAUCCUUCCGCCUCGUAAGCUCAAUAUCCAGAAAUUCGCCGAAUCGCGAGCUUCCGAGCUCGAAGCUCUUCACUCCAUAGUAUCGAAACGACUGAAGGAGGAUUUUCGCUCGCAGAGGAACAAGCGGCGGAGGACGACCUCCUACGACAACCAAGCUGCUAAAUGGAGAUACAGAAAGAGUCAGAAAUCUGAUUCUUCCGACAUUGCUGGUGUUUCCUCUGUGGAUAAUGAGAGAGGCAAUGAAAGACGCGUCCCUCGCCGAGUUCGGCGGAGAGAGGAACUCCGGAAGAAUCCUGAGCAUGGUUUCAUUACCUCCGGCGACGGGACCAAGAGGUUGAGGACGCAUGUUUGGCUGGCUAAGAGGUUUACGAUGACGAAGCUCUGGGGAUUCCAUCUUCCUCUAGGCUUGCACGGCAGAGGAAAGGGUUCUAGAGCGGCGUUGAGGUGGUUCAAGGAGGGAGCUGUUGUUCAUGAUGCAAGUUACCAUUCAGCUGUCCAGCUGGAAGGUCCAGAGGAUUCUUUGUUGUCGGUUCUGAGGAUGGUGCUGGUGCCUUCUUUUUAUGGAAAUGCAAUGCUUCAUCAUGUAGGACAGCCCACUUCUCAAGCAAUAGCACCAUUGAGUUACUUGUGGCGUCCCUCUCCUGUUGUGAGUGGGGGAAAAGGUGGCAAUGAGCAUAGUUCUAUGGAAGGUGAUAUGCUUCAGAGCUCGGAGCCUUGUUGUUCCUCUCGUCAGCUAUGGGUUUGGCUACAUGCUUCAGCCUUUACUGAGGGAUAUGAUGCCUUAAAAUUUGCGUGUCAGAAACAGAUGAAUGACGGAAAUGUGUCAAUUACAUGUUGUUCACUUGAAGGUCAACUUGCUAAAAUAGAAGUUAUGGGGGCGAAAGCAUCUCAGCUUCUUCAAAGGAUAUUGCAUCCUAUUUCUGGCACAAAUUCAGAACCUCCUUGCUCCUUGAAGAAUUGUUCUUUUGUGGAGGAUCAGCAUGACAGUCAACUAUUUAAGUCUUCUACGCCUGAGCAUGACAUCCUCUCGGGUUCCUCUCUUUUAUAUCUUACUGUGAAGGAUCCGCGUUGCCUCCACGACAACAGGACUGCAGAUCCUUCAGAGUCAUCUCCUCCCAACAAUGUGGUUGAUAUUGAAGCUAAAGAAAAUGCUGAAGAGCUAUUUCUAUUGCCCGACUCUAAACCCGAGGGAACUUCCCACAUUUCAGAAAAGAAUAUCUGGGAUGUUAGAGUUGGGGAUACUAUUCCUAUUGAUGAGCCUGUACUAUGCUUGGAAAAACAUCAAAUGCGAAGGGAUUAUAUUUGUGUCAACGAUCCAAAGUUGGGAAUGCCGAAAGCGUGCACUAAGGUGCAGGGUUCAAGAUCAUGUCCUACCAUCGUUCUGAAAAACCAUAACAAAAAGGGCCAACCCUUGGGGUGGUCAAUCAUAGUUCCAGUAAGCUGGGCCCGGAUCUUCUGGAAUCAGUUUGUAUCCAAGGACGCUCAUGCAAUAGGUCUGAGAGAGAAACAGUGGAUAGCAUGUGAAGUCGGGUUGCCUUAUUUUCCAUCAGAUUUUCCUGAUUGUAAUGCAUACUGGUCUCUUAAGAUUGCUGAGGGUACCAGUACAAGUAAGAAGGAAGAACUAAAACCUCUUGCUGUAAGGUCUUUCAAAGUUCCCAUUCCACCACCAUGGAAAACUGUUCGUGCUAGCCUUGGGGAAAAAUUCAACUUAUUGCAAGUAGCGGUUCACAGUGAGAAAGAUACCGUUAGUAGCCAACUUAAUGGAUUCGUAGCAAGAACUUCAAAUUUGAUGAUGGACAUCUUGAAGGAAAUCCAGGGUGAUAACUUAUUCCUGUUCCCUCAAGUCCCGAAUUCAGACUCGAGGUUGUUGGCAUCAAUGAAGGAUGAAAUCGAAGUUGGCAAUGGUGUGGAUGGUUGUAGUAAGCCUAGAAACUAUGAUCAUCAUAAACUAUGUUUCCUCAGAGUUCUCCUCAGUACAUUCAAGGAAGGCGUCAUUGAAGAAGGAGCUGUCGUGUGUGCCCCACUUGCUAGUGACAUUUCUCUAUGGACUAAAAGGAAAUCUUCAUUCUCAAAUGUUGCUUCCUAUAGUGGCACUGGCAGGUUACAGAACCUUGACUUCAAACUUCAAGUCCCUGACUCUUCAGUGAUUUCAUACUUCCAAAAGCAUUCUUCAGGAGAUUGGGACCUGCAGAUCCCACAAGAUCCCGCUGUUAUGGAAUCUCAUCGAUGGCCUAUCGGUUUCGUGACAACUGGAUUCGUCAGAGGAAGCAAGAAGCCAACAGCAGAAGCAUUCUGCGAGGCGAUGCUACUCUCCUGUCUAAGGGAAGAACAGUGGAAGGAAAUCCCUGUGGAGGAGAGGAGGAAAGAAAUCUAUGUCCUAGUCAGAAAUCUCAGAUCGUCGGCAUAUCGACUCGCUCUUGCUUCUGUAGUCCUUGAACAACAAGAACAUGACAUUGACUGCAUGUAACUGCAGGUUGUACGUUUUCUUUUCCUCUUUUGGUUUACAAUCUAUCUAAACAUGAGCCACUCACAAUUAAAAAGUACAAUUGAAUCAAAGUUAUAACUUAUAACUCUAAAAAAACAUUGUAAUGGUCAUUUUCAUAUUGAAACCAUACAACACCACAAGGACCAUAAAACAAUCACGGCUAA